AUGGACGCCUUCGAGCAGGUAGGUUUGCAUUUCGCAGGCGUGCAGGAGGUCCGAUCCGAUGAAGCCAGGAUGAUGAUGACGAUGACGGCUCUCCAAAGCCAAAUGCAGGACAGUGGUGGGGAGCACAGAGCCAGGUAUGGGUAUGCUUCGCCGGCAAGUUUCGUCAAGUUUAACCCCAUGAUGGCCAUGAUGGCUGCAGCCGCUGGGAACGGCGGAGGCUUCGCGAUGAACCAGUCGAUGGGGAUGUCCAAGGGCGCAGGGAAAGGCAAGGCUUCUCACCCGAAGGGCUACGACCACCCGACCGCGAAGGGCCAGGGAUGGGGCCCCGGAAGUGGUGCUGGCGGCUACAGUUCCGGCGGUGGGAACUACGGAGCCUGCGGGGGCGGCUACGGCGAUCACAGCGAGUACAGUCAUGGCCAGGAUGGCUACACAGGUGCAAGCAGCCGGGGCAGCAACGCAGGUGGAAAGGGUGGGGCGGCUUAUGCUGGUUGUGGCGGUGGCUACGGCGAUGUGGGCGGCGGCUGUGGCAAAGGUCCCCCCGAAGACCGCGCGCCUCCGCCCUGGCGCAGUGCUGCAGCUGCGCGGCCGCCCCCGCCGCCCAGCCCUGGAGGCCCGGGAGGCUGUGGCUUCGGCACUGAGACGCACACAAAGGGUGGCCACUUGUUUCCGAAUACCGCUGGAACCAAGGGAAGUGGCUUCCUCUUUGGAGGCAAGGGUGCAGGAUGUGCAGGCUCAGGCCUCGGCAGCAAAGGUUGGUGA